UAUACCCGGUCUUCACGUAUGUCUUCACCACAUGGCAGGCAUGUUGUCGGCUGGGUUGUCUAUUCAACCCACGGUGUGAGGGUGGACAUAGCAAGCCUUCAACGAUCUCCUUGCAUUCUUGCUAGGCACUGAGGAAAUUGUCCACGCACAGACCUGUGAAUUAUUCCGUUUCCUUUGUUUCCAGUGAAUGACAUAUGUCAAUUGUGGGGCAUUUUUUUUUCACUUGUUUCGUUUCAACUAUGCCACGUUGACUUUCCGCGGUUGGAGUUCUUGAUAUGUGUUGGGAUUUCAACUUUUCACAGGUUUUUGCUCACCUCGUGGUCGGUGUUUGUGGUCGUUUCUUUGGACAGUCUCUCACCAGUUGGUCCAAGCAGCCAAGCAGUUCUUGGAGAUUUAGUUUUUGUUGGGAGAAGGAUCAGGAAGUGACCUUCUGAGCAUGUGAGUUCGAUGUAUUUGCAAACCGGUCCAAACCUCUUAGAGAAAGGAAGAGCGCUAAAUCACCUGCAAGCAGAGUAUUGUCUUGGCAAGGGGAUGACCAAGCAAGCGUUAUUUCAACCAUCGGGCUCGAGAGUCGGACAUGGCACGUAGUGUAUGUAGCCUCGACCCUCGUCACGACGCAUCGUCAUGGUGUGGAGAGGCUGGUUCUGCGUGGCAGUUCUGGGGUGUCCUCUACUUCUGCAGAGUGGACGGUACAACGGCGGUCACCCUGCUCUAGUUCCAAAGGCCUCGGUUGCUCCAAUCAUGAACUCUACGCAUUCGGAUGCUGUGGGCAAUUCGCAGAUCGUUGUUUGGAAGGACGGCCGAAUUGAGUUCGAGCUUUUUGGCUUUGGGACGGCUGAGACCACUGAGAAUCUCUUGAAGGACUGCAGUACGGCUAUGGCGCAGAUCGAUUCCAGCAUCAAAUGUUCUGUCUUAGUGGACAUGCGCAAUGGCAUUGGCUGUUCUCCCCUGGCCGUGCCUUGCAUCGUCCGUUUUGUUCGGAAGAAAUCCUACCGGCUGAAGCAUGUGGCGGUCCUGGGUCCUCGACCUUUGAUGGCGAUCGCUCGAGCCAUUUGCAAAACGACCAAGCUUGGAGGCGUGGCCUUCUUUUCAGAUCGGACCGAGGCCGAGCAAUGGUGUGCCGAGGCCGUACCGAUCUGACUCAAUAGAUGAGGAUGACGCCCCCCCCCGGUGGAACCGGACGGUGGGUGUUUGGUCGCGGUGAAGAGACGGACGAAGAGAGGCGAACCUGAGACUUCACGGCGCGGCUUUGCGGGUGUUCUGCACGACGCCGGGAUCAGAAGAGGAAACGACGAACAGAGGAGAAGGGGUGCUCGCGUCUCCAGUUCUCCAAGCUGACGACCGACGUGAUGUGUCUCGACGUGAUGCGUCUCCAAGAACGACUCAUUUGAGCUGCGCGCCCGGAAAAGCUGAA